GCUCAGCAUUGAUUUAGUUGCAGAUUCCUGCUGGUUGGGGAGGGGGGGGUGUGAGGCUGGAGAGUGUUUGUCCGGUGAGGAGGAGCCCGAGACGUAUUGACGUGGGAGUAUUUACAAGGAUCUGUAGAAGGACGUCAUGAUGGCGAGCCAGCCGCCCCUCGCAUCACUGGAUGGAUCCAGUAACAGGAAUCCCCCAGAGAGACGUUCCCGUCCUCUGUAUUCCCGGGACUCCACACAGGAACAUCAGGAGAUCCCUCAAGCGAGUGCAAAUAUGAUUAAAGUAGAAAUAAAAGAGGAAGUAGAAGAUCCAGAGGAAUGGGAAACCCCUCCAGAGAUCAGCACAGACCGCAGAGCUGCUCGGAGAGUGGUCAGUCUUGAGGUGGAAGAAGGACCUGUGAGGAUUAAAGAGGAGGAAAUCCCAUUAAACAUCAGCACAGAUGGACAAUACAGAACGUCUGCCAUGGAAGAAUGUUAUUUAGAUGAUGAAGUGAUGCCCGACUCGGAAGAAAACUCCACCGCGCCAAAUCUUCAUCCGGCCCAUCACAGUGCAGGUCUAUCAUCGAACCCCUCUACUCGCAGGGUUAUCGCCCAUAAGAGUCACACAGGAGAGAAGCCAUAUGCAUGCUCAAAAUGCGGAAACUGUUAUUCCCAAAAGGACCACCUCAUCGUCCAUCAGAUGAGUCACACAGGAAAGAAACCCUUUUCCUGCUCCGAAUGUGGGAAAUGUUUUACCUGGCGAGAAAGUCUCAUCGUACAUCAGAGAACUCACGCUGGGGAGAAGCCGUAUUCAUGUUCUGAAUGUGGGAAGUGUUUUCCUUUUAAACAUCUACUCCUCCUUCACCACCGAACACACACAGCAGCGAUGGCUGAUAAAUUCACUUCUCCCGAUUUUCUGCCGUAUUUCAUUGACAUGUACAGAGAUAUGCCAUGCUUGUGGAAAGUUAAAUCAAAGGAAUAUUCGAACCGUAGCAAGCGGGAUGAGGCCUAUAAACAGCUGGCAGAGUUAUGCACCGCGGUUUACGCAAAAGCCGAUGAAAAGUACGUGAAAGGCAAGAUCGCGAACUUGCGCACUGUUUUCAAGAAGGAGCUCCAUAAGAUAGAAGCUUCGAAAAAAGCCGGCGCUGGAGCGGAUGACGUGUAUGUGCCACGGUUGUGGUACUUUGAAAGCCUGCGUUUUCUAGAUGACCAGGAUGUACCCAGAAACUCGGUGUGCACCUUGCAGCCAACUACCUCUGACUCCUCUUCUAUGUCCCCUGAGCUGGAUAUGGACGUGCAAGAAGUAAUAACGGAUACGCAGGAAACUUACAACCAAGACCCACCACUGCCAGUGUUACCGGUUGUGACAACACACACAGCAAAAAAAAGAAAAUUGAAUGAAGAUGGCACAGCAAGUUUUCUAAAGGAAGCAUCGGCUGCCCUUAAAAGACAAAGUGAUGAAUGUGAAAUCUUCGGCAGCCUUGUUGCUAGCAAACUGCGCAGCAUGCCUCCUCAACAAAGACAAAUUGUGGAACCCUUAAUCUAUCAACUGCUUAUCAAAGGCCAAAGGGGAGAAGCUACAUCUAACACCCGUAUUGCAGAGCAGUAUACUACCGAUGGACCACCAUCAGGCCAGACAUCACAGCGUCCUCAUAAUUGGCCGAUGAAUAUGUCCACUCAGGAGCACCCACAGACUUCAUGGUCACAAGAUUCACAUUACACUAACCUAUAGUUAAUUUGUUUUCUAUUUCUUUAAAUGCUGUUAACCUGUUAUGAUGUUCAACACAUAGUUUUAAUAAAGACAUUUCUUUUCUAUAUUGGAAUUUA